AUGGCGUUAGGGGCCGAGAGGAAGCUCAUAGAUAACCUGAAGAGCUUCGACGAUACGAGAGAUAAACUCAUUGAUCUGGUUGAUAUCGUGACGGGACAUCAUUUGCGAGACCACGAUUUCCCAUUUCCGACUGCCUCACACCACCCCGAAACAUUCUCAAGCAGGCAACCACUGACUCUUCGGUGUCGUAUGAUACGUGAUAUGACCGUGAAGAGUCUGAGUGGCAAACACUCUCUCAACGCAGAGCAAGCGGCGGAAUUCAAGAACUUGAUUACACUUCUUCCUCAUCUCCUCCGAAGCAUCGAAAAGGCCGGAAUAGUGGAAGCAAAUCUCGGCAGAGCUAGCAACGAGGAAGGGGAAAGAGGAUUUAUGUGCAUCAAGUUCAAGUCAUACUAUGAAGACCACUUGUUUGGGGAGCCGGACUCCGAGUACAGGUCCCAAAGCGAGAUGAAAGAUCAACACCAGCUCGCUACAUCUGAUCUCUCGCCAGCUAAGCACACCGAAGCCAUACAGAAAGCCAUUCGGACAAUCUCAAAGAAGGACGGACACGAAAUCAACAGUCUUAUCGAAGCACCAUUCGAGGCGAGCUCUGGUGAGGACGCGAAAAGAGCAGUGCACAAUCUCGUAUGGCCAUGCGAUGAUUGUCAGUCGAGCGCAGGCUCAAUAAACAUGGAUUCUAAAGAUCCGGAACAGGCCGCCCUGGAGGAGGAGAGGCGGGUGGGCGCAGAAACCGGACCGUUCGUACUGCGCGCCUUGCUAGAGGAUAUACCGAUGUCUGCGGAAGGGGACCGAGAUGACAUCGUGAUAAACUGUGUGGAGUUUCUAGAACAGAAUCUCUACGUUGGGACAUCUGCCUCCGAAAUCCUCCACUUUGUACAAAUACCCCCCGAUCCCGAAGACCUCUCCAGGAAGCCCUCGUACAUAUUAGCAUCGAGGCUGCCCCCCGCAUUCCAUGAACCGUCCUCCGGGUCGAGGCCAGGCGUGCAACAGAUCCUGCUCCUCCCGAGAGUGAACAAGGCUUGUAUAUUGUGUAAUUGGACAGUGACAUUCUACUCUCUACCAGAGCUGAGUCCGGUCUUUGGAACCACACAGAUACGGCCUUGCAACUGGAUUGGUGGCAUAGAUUUGAAUGUGGAUCUUGGUGGCAGUGGGCAGGAUGUCCAGAAUCCUUCUGUCACAGUCCUGGCCUCUUUGACCAAGAAGAUACAGGUUAUCAAAAUUAGCGAAAAUCCCCGUAAGCUUAGGACAAUCGAUUUUGCAGCCAGUGUGACAUCUGUCCGGCGAGAUUCAUUUGCAUGUGUUGCUGAUAGCCACUCAUAUGCGCUUCUCGACGUCGAUCGACUACUUAAGAUACCCUUGUUUCCUAUUUCAUCACUAGACGAGUCACAGUCUGGCAGUGCAGGUGGCCACGUUGAGGAUAUAUCUGGGAGCACUGCUGGUGGCAUAUCAAGGAGUAAUUCUUCUUCUCAAAGACAUACCCCCGCAUCCACAGAUGACCGGGGACAUGGGCGCAGCACAAGCCUGGGUGCAUUCAUCACUGGUGGGAAUAGACGACCUGGGCAGCAAGGUGCAAGUGGUAACCGUACAGGUAGAGAAACACCAGAAGGCAUCUUUCGAGAACCUUCGCCUCCACCGGCUCGAGAACCUAGUGAGGCCAACAAGCCUCUUCCACCACCUCCACCCGCCGAAUCGGACUCCGCAGAGCAAAAUCCAACUCUCCCUCCUGCGCCUCCUAUUGCUGUAUUGCUUAAGCCUCACGUAGUUUCCCCUACUCCUCAAGAAUUUCUGUUAGUGACUGGUACUGGGCCUCAUGAUCCAGGUGUUGGGAUGUUCGUCAAUCUUGAAGGAGAUCCUACGCGGUCUACUUUGGAAUUUGAAAAGUAUCCCGAAGACCUUGUCGUUGAUGGUAGAGGCGUCGGCGUGGAUCUAACCCCAACCACCAUUGAAGACGAGGAAGAGGGAUAUGUACUUGCAUCUAUGGUUCGUGAUUUCGGCGAAGAAUCACGCCACGGUGUUGAGAUUCAACGCUGGGAUUUGGACCCGGGUGAGAGAGAGUCCGAAAAACAUUGGCUGGAAAGUCCUGUACCUCAGAGGUCACAAAACAGUAGUGAAGCCGCCAGGAUAGGUCUCCGGUCCGUUGUAGAUGUCGGAGAUGUUUACUUCGAGGAAGUGGUCAACAGGCUGCGUUUACAACGCUUUCGGCCUUUUGCUUCAAGAUCUAUGGAUGCCUCUAUACUCUCUCUCCACAGUGUCGAUUCUAAAAAAACGAUGGCACUAGAACGUGUCUCUGGUGAACCAGAACUCCCUGAAAGCGGCGAUGGUCUUUCUCUGGAAGAAGAGGACCACCGUAACGCAGAGGAAUACCAGCUCGCCCAGCGUCUGGGACUCGCCCGAACACGUGUGGUUGCUUGGGCUGGAAAGAGUGUGUGGUGGGCUGUCCGGAAUCCUCUGGCUUUAAGGUUGGAUGCCAGUAUCUCAGACAUGACACACAGCAAGAUACGGGAAGACCAGACAUACCUCUCGCUGGACCGCAGGAAGCUAAUUGAAGUCGUUAACUCUAUCCGAGGACGUAAUGCGAAAACGGAGACUGAAUUCCUGAGUCUCGGGUAUAUUAGGCAGCGUGUUGGGCUGUUGCUAUUUAUGAGCGGUCUGGAUGCCCUAGCACCACCGCCAUCCCAGCCCGAGUACCGCAUAUGCGAAGACGCUCUGCUCGAGGGGGGUCUUGAUCCUCGAGUUAUCCUCGCCGUCAUUCCAUAUCUGCGAAACGAGAUUGUGGAAGGUCCCAAGGGAAUAUGGAUUCACGGUGGGGUCAAAGAUGUUGCGGAUAGCUUCGUCACGAACAGCAUAGCCGAACACACGGAUGCUGCAAAGAAGAGUGACAUGUCAGAUCAUAUUUUGAACUUUCUAAGGAGGAUCUUAGCAGCUUGGAGGAAAAAGAAGGGCUUUGGGAGUAUCGCAAGCGAAAAUGAAUUGUUCAGAAGCGUCGAUGCGGCACUGCUGAUUGUCCUACUCCAACUGGAUCGAGGCAGUCCUCCCGGUCCCCCAAAGAGCAAGUCAGUGAGAUUGGAGCUCUAUGAAUUGGUCGACAAAGGAGUAGACUGUUUCGAAAGAGCCAUAGCCCUUCUUGAAUCUCAUCGCCGUUUGUACGUCCUCAGUCGUCUUUAUCAGAGCCGCAAAAUGGCGGGAGAGGUACUUGCUACCUGGCGGCGCAUUGUCGAAGGCGAACCAGACGAUGGAGGAGAAUUCCGAGAGGGCGAGCAAAAGGUCCGAGAUUAUCUCACUAAGAUCCGGAAUCCGGCAUUAGUAGAGGAAUAUGGAGUCUGGCUAGCCACCCGGAACCCGAAACUUGGUGUCCAAGUCUUCGCCGAAGAUCGGAGCCAAGUCAAGUUUGAGCCUACUCAAGUCCUUGCAAUACUGCGAGAAGAUGCCCCGGGGGCUGUCAAGGACUAUCUCGAGUACCUGGUCUUCAGCAAGAAUCAUGCAGAGUAUAUCAAUGAGCUCAUAGCAUACUACUUGGACAUUGUCACAACCAAAUUGGAGGAAUCGGAAGAAGCAAGAAGAACGCUAGCGCAGACAUAUGAGUCCUAUCGAGCCCUGCGUUCCCCCAAACCUACGUAUCGGCAGUUCAUUACGGACAAUACCAUAGACGAGGAAUGGUGGCAUAGUCGGCUGCGACUACUCCAGCUUCUCGGAGGUAGCCAGGGGUCCGCAUCGCAGUACGAUGUGGCUGCUAUUUUGGCACGAAUUGCGCCCUAUACGAAAGAGCUUGUCCCUGAGGUGAUUAUUCUUGACGGCAGACAAUCGCAUCACGGGGAGGCUCUGAGAUUAUUAACACAUGGCCUCGGAGACUACGAUACGGCCCUGAACUAUUGUCUCCUUGGCGGGUCUAGCAUCUAUCACCCUGUAUCGGGGACAAUGACACGAGAAACCCUUCCAACCCGGGACCAACAAGCCGAGCUCUUUGGCUUCUUGCUAUCGGAGUUUUUGCAAAUUAAAGAUGUUAGUAAUCGCGUCGAACAAACAAGCAAUCUACUUGAAAGGUUUGGUGGAUGGUUUGAUAUUGAGCACGUUCUCAGCCUCAUACCAGAUACGUGGUCGGUGGAUCUGGUGUCUGGAUUUCUGGUAAGCGCCUUAGGGCGCAUUGUCGGGGAACGUAGGGAGACAAUGGUGGUCAAGGCCUUGAGCGGUGCAGAGAACCUGAGAGUUGCUGCCGACUUAGUCGGGAAAAUAGAUGCCGCUGGUCCUUCGGUUGAGACCUAG